CUCACCUAAUAGAUGUUGUUUCUGUCAUGUUUUUGAUGUUUCUAUGUUGUCGGCUUUUUUAACGGAACGACUUCUUAUGAUGUUCAGGUAUAAGAUUGAAAUUGAGGUUACUCACGGGGGCCAAAGCUGCAAUUUUGUCUUCUGGAACAGAGAAUGUGAAAUGCUGUUGGGUUUAUCUGCAUCGCAACUUCGUAACACUAUGAUUCAGGCUGGAAUUACUGAUCCAUUGGACUUUCCGUUAGCACUUGAUCAGUUGUUGAAGUUGGAAAUGGCUAUGAAGGUUAAGUGGCAUCCACGCUGGAAGAACUGUUCCGUCGUUAUGAUUAUAAAAAAUGAUCCUAUUAUCCAGCAACUUAAGGAAAAAUGGGGAACAGAUGAGGAACCUAUUCCAAUCCAAACUGUCGUACCUGAGACUCUGGAGAUUAAAGAGAGUGUUGAUGAGGCUAAAACAGAUGGCAAUGAAGACUGUGAAUUGGUUACAGACCUGGAAAUUACAUCUGAGCACAAGCCUGAUGCUGUCACACCUGGUGGUAAGAGGCAUCUUCCUGUUGCAUCAAGUGAAUCCAUUGAUUUGGACGGAUUACAUGAUGGGGAACUUUACAAUAAUGAUGUCGCAAAGAACGGUUUGUUUGGAUUAGCACUCUCUAAGCUUUCUGUCAUUACAUUUAUAAUGUUGAUACAAUAUUAUGGGACAGAUUUCAUUUUAACUAAAAGCAUAAAGGUUGGGACACCUAUAAUGCUCAUGAGAAAUAUAGAUCAAGCUGAAGGUUUGUGUAACGACACAAGGCUGUGUAUAACAAAGAUGGCAGCCCAUGUACUGGAGGCUUCAAUAAUGGGUGGUAAAGGUUUGGGAAAUUUGGUUUACAUACCUCGAAUGGAUAUGUCACCAUCCCAAUCACCAUGGCCAUUCAAACUGAAUAGGAGACAGUUCCCUAUUAUAGUUCCCUAUUCUAUGACAAUUAACAAAUCACAGGGACAGUCAUUGGAUAACGUUGGUUUGUACUUACUGAAAGAUGUAUUCACACAUGGCCAGAUUUAUGUCGCAUUGUCAAGAGUAACAACAAAAAAGGGAAUCAAAAUACUGAUACAUGAUGAAGAAAAGAAAUUCAGGGAGAAAACUACAAAUGUUGUGUAUAAGGAAGUUUUUAACAAUGUCUAA